UUGGAUUUCAGCAUCACCUCAGCGAACCUCCCACUGCCACCACGACCUUGACAAAGCCAAUUCGCCGUCUCCAGGCAAUUCUUCACUCCCUUCUGGCACCUCAUGCCGCACAUUGUCAAUCGACUGGAUACCGACUGAGCUGCCAUCAUGAUCAGUCCAUCUCCCCACAAACCCCGGCGCAGAGGCGGCAAGAAGACCAACGGUGGAAAUGGCACUGGCAGCAGUACACCCACUGUGGAAAGCCACCUCACCAAGAAGGAGGCUCUGGUCAAGGCCCCAAUCUUCCCUUUGGCUUCGUUUCUCUGGCCAGCUCGAGGCUCUGUAUCGCAAUGGGAGGUCCUUCCCCUGAUCCUCAUGGUGGUUGGCCUGUUUAGAUGGGCAGCUGGGCUUUGGGGGUACUCUGGUUUCCAACGACCACCCAUGUUCGGAGACUACGAGGCGCAAAGACACUGGAUGGAGAUCACAACACAAAUUCCCGUCUCGCAGUGGUACUUCCACGACCUGCAGUGGUGGGGUCUCGACUACCCGCCCCUGACGGCAUACCAUAGUUGGCUUUGCGGCAAGGUUGGAGCCUUCAUCGACCCUACUUGGUUCGAGCUGUACACCUCGAGAGGAUCCGACGACCCGACUCUGAAGAUAUUCAUGCGCGCCACAGUCAUUGUCUCCGAGUACCUCAUAUACAUCCCCGCUGCCGUCAUCUUCGUACGACGCUUCUCUAGACACAGCAAUGUGCCGACAUGGACCGCUUGGAUGGCGCUCGUCGCAAUCUUGAUGCAGCCCGCUACGAUUCUCAUCGACCACGUUCACUUUCAGUACAACACUGUCAUGCUUGGACUCGUCCUGGCGAGCAUGUCGAGUAUGCUGGCUGGCCGCUAUCUCUGGUCUGCAGUCUUCUUCGUCGCCGCCCUUGGCUUCAAGCAGAUGGCCCUCUACUAUGCCUUCUCCGUCUUCGCGUUCCUCCUGGGCAGCUGCGUUUUCCCCUUGAAGCCGGGCCGCUUCGUCGGCAUCGCCCUGGUGACCGUCGCGGCUUUUGCGCUUCUGCUUCUGCCCCUGGUGUUGGGCACUCUCUACGACGCUCAUCGAGGCAUUGAUGCGCGGCCUGACUAUGAGGGGCCGCCGCCUGCCUUGCCCCUCUUCCCGUGGCUGACCGACGUCCUCGAUACCAACGCCAUUUACUAUCCGGUAGUCGAGCAAUUGGUGCAGAUGGUUCAUCGCAUCUUCCCUUUUGCGCGCGGUCUUUUCGAAGACAAGGUCGCCAACUUCUGGUGUGCCGCCAACGUCGUCAUCAAGCUUCGCAACUACCCUCCCGAGCUUCUCCAGAGAGGCGCACUUGUGGCUACAUUGGCCUCGAUCAUUCCGCCCAACCUGAUUCUGUUCUUCCGUCCGCGCAAGUCACUUCUUCCCCUGGCCUUCGCAACUACGGGAUGGGGGUUCUUUCUCUUUAGCUACCAAGUACACGAGAAGAGUGCGCUACUCCCUCUCAUGCCCAUGACAAUGCUUUUAGCCGGUAAGCAUGGACUGUCGCGAGAUAAUCGGGCUUGGGUUGGAUUUGCCAACGUCUUGGGCGUGUGGACGAUGUUCCCCCUCCUUAAGCGGGUAGACCUCAGCGUCCCGUACGCCGUCCUGACAUUGCUGUGGGCAUACCUUCUUGGUCUCCCGCCAACAUCUCUGAGUGCCUACUUCCAGGAGGAUCACGGCAAACUGCGCCAGUGGGCAACAUUCCUUCUCCACGGCGCGUUCUACGUUGCCAUGAUUGCGUGGCAUGUGGUCGAGAGAGUAGUGGUGCCGCCCAUUGACAAGCCCGAUCUCUGGGUGGUUGCAAACGUGGGUGUCGGUGCGGUGGGAUUCAGCAUUUGCUACCUCUGGUGUCUAUUGCAGUUGAUUGUGCAGAGUGACAUUCUGCCGACGAGAGGAGGCGCGAAGGACAAAGCAAAGAGCCAAUAGAUAGAAGGGCCGACUAGCAAUGGUCUUGUACAUGACAGACGGACGAGUCUCUUGAGGAAGAGAGCUCAUGUAAUAACAGCACGGAUUUCAGAAAAGACAAAUGAGCAUCGGAAAAGCAAGGUUUUUGUUUUGGUAAAUUGAGGUGAAUAGUACAUGAAAACACUUUUAAAGGCCGAAAACGAUGCUAUUCUACCACCUGGCGAUGCACC